UUAUCACGCGCAAGCAGGUCUGCGGAUCGCGUCCCUUCCUCCCUCUGCGCGCAGGAUGGACCCGAAGAUAACCGAAUCGGACCCUCCACCAUAUCGCAACGGAAUCACCCAGGUUCUGCAGUACGGGGAAUUCACAGCCACCGGCAACCGAAAGGUGAGGUACGCGGUGAGUUUAACCGAGAGAGAUCUCACCAUUCAGAAGAUCACGUCAACACCUGCGGGACGGAGCAAGGUGGUUUUCAACUUGAGGGACUGUGUCGGUUGCCGGGCUUUCAGCGCAGAUGACAACGCGGACGCGUACUUCUCUGUCUAUUUCUACCCCUUUAAAAGACGAUGGAUGAGCUCUGGAGUGGCCAGGCAGCGGGUCGAGCAGUGCUUUCGGGUAUCCCAGUUCCAGGACCCACGCGCCAACCUGGAGGAGGCAGAGAAAUGGGCUGGCACCAUCCGGGAGAGCUCUGUUCGUCAACAACAUUUGAGAAAUCGCGUGCUUUACAGUGAGGUGCACCGUCCCUGCAGCGUCAUGCUACUGGUGAACCCCCACAGUGGGAAGGGCCAGGCCCUCAGCCUCUUCACCGGACACGUCCAACACAUGCUUAACGAGGCCGGGGUCCCACACACUCUGGUCAUCACUGAGCGGCAGAACCAUGCCAGGGAGUUGGUGAGAGAGGCUGACCUGUCACAGUGGGGUGCUCUAGUCAUCAUGUCCGGGGACGGACUGCUGUUUGAGGUUGUGAAUGGCCUGAUGGAGAGAGAGGACUGGGAGGAGGCCAUCCAGACCCCACUGGGAAUUCUACCUGGGGGCUCUGGUAACGCCCUGGCUGCCUCUAUACACCACUACUCUGGGGCCCAGCCGGUGUCAAGCGAAGAGCUGCUGGUCAGUUGUGGCUUCCUGCUGUGUAAGGGCCUGGUGUCUCGCAUGGACCUGGCCUCCGUCCACCUGGGCUCCAGCCCCUCCAACCCCACCCGCCUCUUCUCCUUCCUCUCGCUGGCCUGGGGCUUUGUGGCUGACGUGGACGUGGAGAGUGAGAAGUACCGCCACGUUGGCGCCGCCCGCUUCACCAUGGGGACGUUGGUCAGGUUGGCAUCUUUGAGGGUGUAUAAGGGCCGCCUGGCAUACCUGCCGGUUGACGAGGUGGAUGGAGAGGAGGAGGAUAGGCAAUCGUCAGUCUCGUUGGAGGAGAUGACGAGCGUGUCACCUCAAUGCCAACCGCCAUCGUCUGCAUUCUGCUCCUCUACCCUCCUCUGCCGGCCUUCGAAGGACUCGCCGUGCCAGAACGCAGCUCAUAACUCCCGUAACUCAAACAACGCCUUCAAGGCGAAGAAUUGGGAACCCAUGUCCGCUAAUGCCACCCUAACAGGCCCGCCAGACUCUCUCCUGGUGCCCCUGGACCAGCCGGUGCCCAGCGACUGGGUGGUGGUGCCCGAGGAGGACUUUGUCCUCAUGCUGGCCAUGUACCAGUCUCACCUGGCAAAGGACCUGUAUGCCGCACCCGACUCUACACUUGAUGACGGCCUCAUCCACCUGAUAUAUGUCCGAGCAGGCAUAUCACGCACGGCCCUGCUCCGUCUCUUCCUGGCCAUGGAGAAGGGCACCCACCUGGCCAACAACUGCCCCCACCUGGUGUACACCCGGGUGCGGGCACUGCGGCUGGAGCCCUACUCGCCAAAAGGGGUGAUCACAGUGGAUGGGGAGGUGGUGGAGUAUGGGCCGGUCCAAGCCCAGGUACACGGCGGGAUAGCCAGGCUCAUCACUAGAUGAUUAACAAGAUCCACUGGAUAGAUGGCUAGCGUUAGCAUGUUAUGCUAAUGGUAUGCUACACUAAAAGCUAACAUUAGUUAGCAUAGCAUCAUCCAGAAAAUGCUAACAUUUAGCGUUAGCAUUUUCUGCUCACAUUUUAAAGGGAGGUGGGAUUAAUGUACUUUUUAGUCUUCUCUCUGAAUUUAUUCUUUGAAUUGAAGGUUUGGAUUGGAUGUGCCAUGAAGGAGGAGCAAGGCUAGAACACAAAAAGUUCAAUGGGUGGGUACGUUUCAUUUCUACAGAGCCCAAUGUUCUCAAUCUCCCAUUCAUUAGCAUUUAGGCUGUUCUAAAAUGGCUUCCCACUAGCACAAAGCAACUGGCCUUUAAUUGGCUGUUCCAAGCUAUGACAUGAAUACAUUACUAGAACCAAGGUGAUACUUAUGGAGUAACUCAUGAAAUAUGAAUAUUUUCGCCCCACCACCAUGCCCACCCACACAUGCAUACAUUCUCCGUACCAGGGGUACAUAUGAUGUAGGGCUUGAUGUAGUGUCAGUCACCCACCUGCCCCUCACAGACCGCGGGCAUGCUUUAUGUCUAAUGGGAGGGCAUCUCAACUUUAAUUUACCUUCUUAUGCAACGAAUGGGGUUUGGAUAGAUGCCUUCACUGCUCUCAUCCGCUGUGACGUGGACAUAUGGAAGAUACAUACAGCCUCCGGGACCCAGCAUUGACAUUAUUAGAAACCAAUUCAUUUGAACUCAAGUAAUUAGGGGACAGUUGCGCCGAUGCCGAAAUCCUCCCUCAACCAUUGAUGCUCAAUUACCAUAGGGUUGUUUUUGAUUAUCUUGAAUCUUGAGGGUCAGUAGUUUAUCCUAAGGCCUAGGACCCUGACUCUGGACUACUUGAUGACCGGUUUUGGAUUUGAAAAGAUUGGAGUUUAUUUUGGAUUAGUCAUUGUUGUGAUGAGCUGAAAAUGCACCAUACUUCCAUGACUUCUUCAAUCAACCAGCCACCUUACAUUGACAUGCAAACAAAUAUACUAAAGAAGACGUAUCUUCAAGUAAUUUGAUAUGUGCUUGUUUUAUACCUCAUUUCCAUGAACCACUAGCUUUAAAACGGCCUCGAGUGAGAGACACUGCCUUUAUUUAUUGUGCUGUGGCCUGUCCUGCAGAGGAAGGCAUGUAGCACAGGUCCAGGUUAUGUGAUUAAUGACUUGUAGUGCCUGUAUCAGGUCUCCAACUGCAGUCUUGCCCCAUACCCCUCCCCCAUCCAUCCUUCUUCUCCAUCCAAUCCAUCCAUCCCCCCCUCCUCCCUUUCUCGACACUGCAGUGCACCACAGAGCAGUCCCAGUUUCUUUUGUCUGCCUGCAGCUACAGCUGACACCAACAGUACACUACACACACUGUGCAGACCCCUUCCCCUUCUCAGCAAUCAUCACCUUAUCAUAAAGCUUUAAAACAGAGAAGAUAAACCACGAAAUGAUGACAAGAGCAACCUAAGGCUAAUGUGAUGCUAAUACAGUAGCUAGCCUGAGUUUACACUCGUCUUAGCCUUCUUCUGUACUGAUUCUGAACUCUCGGGAACGAGGGGGAUUAUUUUGCCUUAAACACAAAAGGAAGAGAGGUGGCACUUGAUUAAACAGCACAUUGGUCAGGGUAUGGAAAAGAGGGAGGGAUGAGGGAGAGUAUUGACUUGUUUAAUGCUGCAUGAGGGACCAGCAUUGUGUGGGAUGCAUCCCAAAUGGCACCCUGUUCUCUAUAAAGUGCACUACUUUUGAACAGGGCCCAUAGGGAUGCAGACGUGGUCUUGGCACACAGCCCUUCUCCACAGAUCCACUGCUGUGGAGAAUGAGCAUCAUGUUUAACAUAAGGUUCUGACUGACACUGGGAAAGGAAGAUGUUUAUGUUCAUCUCGUUCGCCUUUGGGAUAAGAGACCCUGAGAGAAUGUUGUUGGGCCUCAGUUUAUAUUUGUGGAGCCAGAAAUGCCCCUGAUAUGACCGAGUGUACAUUUGGGCCACAGGAUCUUCCCAAAAUGCAACAAUGUCAGUUUCAUGUUGUGAUAUUAUGCAAUGACUGGGUUUUUGAUGUUGCAAACCUGUCAUCAGUCCAGUCUAAAUAAUUAUACAUGGGGAAGACCAAAAUGACAUAUUUAAAGAAAUGACAAAUUUUAGCUGUACCAUAUGCAAAAGAAAGCCCCCUUGCAUUGUUUAAAGUACAAAAUGAUUAACUCUGCUUUUAACCCUUUCAGGGACAUGAGCUCAUCUCAUUCCUCCCCCUACUGCUGAAUUGAUUGAGCUCAUCUGGCGUUCCUCUCCUACUGAUUGCUAUUUUAGAGCAGCAGCACAUGACUUUCCAAUCCUUACCUUGGUUGCGUUCUCCUGCUCAGACGUUGUGUGCCACGUCCGACUGACAGAUUGCAACAGUAUUACAUGGUUAGCUGAUACAUAAAAAUACCUAUCUAGGAGUUGUAAGCUCUGGCAGUCGUCGGCAACACCUGGGCAGAGGAACGCGCCUCUUAGCAUGCUGGAAAUCAAUUAGUUAUUAUGAUGGGGAAAUGGAGGUGAAAAUAUCAAGAUGCAAACGAGUCGCUUAAUUGUUGUUCAGAAUUCUGAUUUUCACGGGAGUGUUCUGCUUGGCUCAGGUUUGAAAUAUGCUCAAAUCCAUUCCUUGUAGCUAGCUGGGGCCAUGAGAUUUUCCUGACCACUUCACUUGACUAGAAAACUCUGUGCCCUACUCAGCCUAUGCAGCCCCUGGCACUUUCUCAGUUCUAACAAUUCUUACCCUCUUCAUUUUCUCUGCUUGUUUGCACUGAUUGGUAAACAUUUGUCAGAUGAAAACAUGGCAGCUCAUCAGUAGGCUGGCAGGCUUUCACCUGGCCAGUUCUUUUAGAUCAGAGCAAUGCAGGAAAGGAAACGGACAGAUUUUAAACGAUUGAGAAAGAGCCCCUGAAACUGUUUGGUGUGCCUUGAACAUGUUGCCCCUUGGUGGUGGGAAGAGGGGUGUGUUCUGUACUGAUGCUUAGAAGACUUGAAGAUUAAUAGGACCGGUAUCAAUAUUUCAUUUCCUCAUUGGAUUUCUAAGGGGACGGACCAACUCCUGUAACCCGUUUCCAGUUGAAUUGAGUGCUUGCUUAAGAAAAAAAAAGAGGAUUGAUGAAGCUUAGAUGUCCCUGUUUGAAAACUCAGGCACAGGCCCUAAUAUACUCCAUUGUUGACAUUUGAAGGUGUCUAGCUAAAGAACUUCAGUCCGGUACGAACCCAAAACUCUUGGAUUUGUUAGAUGUAACCGUCUUAAUGCUGCUGCUUGACUGUUGUCUUUAUUGACAGUAUUUUUCAGGUGUAUCUGGUGAAGGGAUAGUAACUGUUCUUUUUUAUAAAUCUUGAUUGAUGUUCUUUACUUGAGUUGAAUACAGAGUUCUAUUUUUCCACUUGGCAAAAUGUUGAAUCAAAUAAAGUGAAAACCAAAA